AAAUAGUAAAGCAGCACUCGAUCAAACCCCCAUAAAGAGCAUCCUCUCGCUUUUCUCAUUGGCCCAAUUUCAGAAAGCAAAGGAAUCCACAUUCACCAGGCAACACCAGAUCAUUAUUUUCGUCACACAAUCCCAACAAACUCUCUUCCACUCUCUCUCUGCUUCUGCUUACCUCCUAGAGAGACCAAGUCGAAAGCUAAACAUGACAGCAGCUUCCGCACCCUAUGUUUCUUCAACACACUCUUUUCCUGAAAGCCAUGGACUCGUAAUGCUGAUGCAGAACUAAAUUUCUUUGUUGGGGGGGAUAGGCAACACAGAGAUGGAAUUUCAGGAGGGUAUGAUGAAGUUCGUGGUUCACAAACCCAUACAAACCAAAUGGGCAUUUGAAAGAGACACAGAAAAACAGAGAACCACAGAGGCUGCCACUCCCAGGCGAAAAUGGAAGAUCUUCAACAAGUCCCUACCUUCAUCGCCUUCAAAACCCUUAAACCCCAAACCAAAGCAACCCCCAAAGGAGUUCCUCUGCCCCAUUUCUGGCUCUCUCAUGGCCGACCCGGUCAUCGUCUCCUCCGGUCACACUUUCGAACAAGCCUGCGUCAAAGCCUGCAAAGCCCUGGCCUUCACACCCAUUUUAUCCGACUCGUCCACAUCCGAUUUCUCCUCCAUAAUCCCCAACCUCGCCCUCAAAUCCACCAUUCUCAACUGGUGCAAGAACUCCUCUGUAGAGCCCCCGAAACCCAUCGAUUCCAACACCGCCGAGAAGCUCGUCCGUACAUUAAUGGCGGCCGAGACUCAAAAAUCGGGUACCAAGAACGAAAAUGAAGCCCAACAGACCGAAAUCUCGGAGAAGAAGCUGAUCCAAGGGGUUAGAGAAAAGCCUAGCGUCAAUUCCAAUCAUCAUAGUCACUGCGACUCGAGCUCGGACGACUCGUUCGGGACCAACGCGUCGACUCGGUCUCUGCAACUCGUGACUCAGCCGAGUUGCUAUUCCUCUCCAUCCUCAUCCGAAAUCGAAACCCUAACCCCUAAUUCCACCGAGGAAGGGGAAAUUUUGGCCAAGCUCAAAAGCCAACAAGUGUUUGAGAUCGAAGAGGCCGUGAUUUUGCUGAGACAGAUCACACGGACCAGAGAAGACUCCAGGGCCAACCUCUGUACCCCUCGGUUAAUCUCCGCCCUCCGAUCCCUGAUCAUCUCCAGGUACUCGAGCAUCCAAGUGAACUCGGUCGCAGCGUUGGUGAAUCUCUCUUUGGAGAAGGCCAAUAAGGUUAGGAUCGUACGGUCAGGAAUCGUUCCUCCGCUAAUUGAUGUUCUGAAGGGGGGAUUCCCUGAGGCGCAGGAACACGCUUCCGGUGCACUCUUCAGCUUAGCCCUUGAUGAUAACAACAAGACCGCGAUUGGUGUCUUGGGCGCUUUACAACCGUUGAUUCACAUGCUCCGGUCCGAUAGCGAGCGGACUCGGCAUGACUCGGCGCUUGCUCUUUACCACCUUUCGCUCGUUCAAAGCAAUAGGUCUAAAUUGGUGAAACUCGGAUCCAUUCCCAUUUUAUUGGGUAUGUUGAGGUCGGGUCACAUGACCGGUCGGGUACUACUCAUUUUGUGUAACCUAGCUUGGUGCAUGGAUGGGCGGGCCGCAAUGUUGGAUGCGGGUGGGGUGGGCUGUUUGGUUGGGUUGUUGGAUGGGGCUGAGUUGAAGUCCGAAUCCGCUUGGGCGAGUUGUGUUGAUGCGUUAUACGGGCUGAGUCAUGGCGGGUUGAGGUUCAAGGGGUUGGCGAAGGUGGUGGGGGCGGAAGAGGCAUUGAUGAAGGUUGAGAAAGCCGGGAGCAAACGGGCAUGGGAGAAGGCAAAGAGGGUUUUGGAGAUGAUCAAAAGGAAGGAGGAAGAGGAGGAGGUGGAUUGGGUGGAAUUGCUUGAGUUGGGGAGCCAGACUCUGUGUUGAGUCUGUUGACUCGUGGUGGGUUGGGUGAGUCAAGCGUAACUCGUCCGAGUUUUGAAGUACAUAGUUUGAUGUUUUGAUUCUUUUGGGUGUUCGUUGGUUUUUGGGGAGGAGGUGGUUAAUGGUUUUCAGGUUUGUAAUUACUGGUGUUUAUAUGGGUGGUUUUUGUGCCUUUUGCUCUUUGGUGACCUUUUUUCACCUAAGUCAUGGAUGGUGGAGGUGUAAAUUAAGGGCUUUUAGACCCAAGUGAUUUUGGAGUAACACGAAUCUUUUACCAAAGUUUUCUUUAAUGCAAUCACUUUAUUCUUCAUUGGUCUUCAUUUUGA